UCUCACUGCUGUCUUUUUCUGCAAGUGGUCCCUAGUGGGAGACCCAGGUGAGGUAUUAGUUUAGUUUGUCGGUUUUAACACUGUGUGUACAAACGAGUCUUUAAUUUUACUCUAGGAAUUGCUUUACCCCUUUCACAAAACACGUUCUGUAACAAAUCGGUACUAACAGGCACUGAUUCACCCGAUGCGGGGAAUGUUUAGAUCCGCGCACCAGUCGGAACUACAAGUUUGAUUGUUUGAGCUGCUUGGAGAAAAAGACGAGAAAACAGAAGGAAUAGAAGAUAGAGAGAAAGAGAGCGGACUGUCAAUGAUGGAGUCUGUUUACAUUAAACAGGAGGAGGUUCUGGAAUUGGUACCUGUCUGCAUUAAACAGGAGAUGCCUGAACUGGAGCCUUUCCACAUGAAAGAAGAGACUGAACUGCUGUCUGUCCACAUUAAAGAAGAGGAGACUAAGCUGGAGCCUGUCCACAUUAAAGAGGAAGAGACUGAACUGCUGUCUGUCCACAUUAAAGAAGAGACUGAGAUGGAGCUUGUUCAUAUUAAAGAAGAGACUGAACUGCUGUCUGUCCACAUUAAAGAGGAAGAGACUGAACUGCUGUCUGUCCACAUUAAAGAAGAGACUGAGCUGGAUCCUGUCCGUAUUAAAGAAGAAGAAACUGAACUGGAGCCUGUCCACAUUAAAGAAGAAGAGACUGAACUGGAGCUUGUCCACAUUGAAGAAGAGACUGAACUGGAGCCUGUCCACAUUGAAGAAGAAACUGAAAUGGAGCCUGUCCACAUUGAAGAACAGACUGAACUGGAGCCUGUCUACAUUGAAGAAGGGACUGAACUGGAGCCUGUCUACAUUGAAGAGGAGUCUACUGGCUUGUUUAAGGAUUCAGAAAACAUAUCCCAGCCAAAAAUAUCACAUCAAUGUACUGAAUGUGGGAAGAGCUUCAGUCGGUCAGCAAACCUAAGAUCACACCAGCGAAUUCACACUGGAGAGAAGCCGUAUUGUUGUACUGAAUGUGGGGAGAGCUUCACUCAGUUAGUACACCUAAAAACACACCAGCGAAUUCACACCGGAGAGAAGCCAUAUUGUUGUACUGAAUGUGGGAAGAGCUUCAGUCAGUUAGGAAGCCUAAAAAAACACCAGCGAAUUCACACUGGAAAGAAGCCUUACCACUGUACUGAUUGUGGGGAGCGCUUCAUUGAGUCAGGAAACCUAAAGAAACACCAACGAAUUCACACGGGAGAGAAGCCAUAUCACUGUUCUGAAUGUGGGAGGUGCUUCAUUGAGUCAGGAAGCCUAAAAAGACACCAGAGAAUUCACACAGGAGAGAAGCCGUAUUACUGUACUGAAUGUGGAAAGCGUUUCAUUCACUUAGGUAGCCUAAAAGUACACCAACGAAGUCACACUGGAGAGAAACCGUAUCACUGUACUGAAUGUGGGGACAGUUUCAGUCAGUUAGGACACCUAAAGAGACACCAGAGAAUUCACACUGGAGAGAAACCGUAUCACUGUACUGAAUGUGGGGAGAGCUUCACUGAGUCAGGAAACCUAAAGAAACACCAGCGAAUUCACACUGGAGCCAGCGUCCCUCCCUCCCAGUCCCUCACCUCUCCACCCUGCCAGUCUGAGUUUGUGGAGAGCUGACUGAUUCCUUGUGUCUCUCUCACCCUGCAGUAAAUGAAGGGAGCCCCCAGGAGUGAAAGCCAGUCUGAAUCCAGAGACACUGAGAAGGGGAGCGUGUCAAACUGAAGGAGACAGACCCAUUCUUUCAGAAUGAACUGGAGAGCCCAGGGAUUCAGCUCCACUCCUGCCCCUGAAUUGGAAAUGAAUCUCACUCAUCAUGCUGUGAGGAUUUAGGACAGAGUUACAGGGUCAUUCUACUUAGAAGGGACACAUUGGAAAUAUAUGCCAAUCUUUUUCUCUGAACACUUACUGUAUAUAUGUGUGAUACGAACCCAACACAUUAAACAAAGCUGCCAAUGACAUAUAUGAUAUUUUUUAAUGUAAUUUGAGCUAUAAAUGACAUUACUGUACCAAUGUCAGCGAUUACAGUAUACGAUACAGAAAUUAAUUGAAAUGGAGUUUGAGUUCCUGUAGGUUUCCGGUAUCUUUGUAAAGGGUGUGUGAGAAAUUUGUAGUGGUAAUUGAGUGUACUUUUUUAAAAUGACAUUCUCUUAACAUUAACCUUAACAUUCUCUAGAUCAGCGGUUCUCAAACUAAGGGAGGCACGAGCUGUGUGUCCUUUUUUUUGGAGAGGUUGGAUGAUUUGAAAAAAAUAACAAAUUAUGAUAUAUUUUAAAUGUAUUAUAUUUAAAAAUAACUAAAGUAAAAUAACGCAAAAAGCUUUCGUUUAAUGUGCUAAUUUUCCUUGGCAACUGUGACACGUCGCAUGUACAUUGUGUGGAUUCCCCCUCACACACACACACUUGUAAACUUAAAAACAGUAUCAGCAGCGCACUUCCAGUGAGAAACAGCUUUAAUGAGAAAUGGAUCGUUUUGUGACAAAGGGAGAAAAACGUACAACACAAACUGAAGUGAGAGCAGCAGCGGAGGUUCCAGCAAAACGCAGAAAAAUAUGAGGAAGCAUAUUUAAAACUAGGCUUUACAUGGAGUGGGUCCAGCAGUGCACCGAGGCCUCAAUGUGUUUUAUGCAGCGAAAUACUGUCAAACCACAGCAUGCAGCCCUGCAAGCUACGCAGGCAUCUCGAAACACGACAACCCUACCUUAGUAUCUAAACCUGUAACAUGUUUUCAGAAGAAGCUCAAUGAGUUUAUUUCUUUAUUUAUUUAUUGCAUUUAUAUAUCGCUUUCUAUACAAAAGUAUCGCAAAGCAAUGUACAGUACAUAGCAGAAAAAAAGAACAAACCACAAUACAUUUGUAUAGCAUGUCACACAUACAACCGCCACAGUCAGACCAUUUAAAUAAUGGAUUUAAACAACAGUAUACACAAAAUACAAAAGCAGCAAUUUUAAAGUUACAUUAAAACCCACUAAGGUAAGAAAGUUAACAGGACAAAAAAAAAGAUUUUGGCUGCUUCCAUUUGUACUGUUUUUGAAUUAAUACUUCUGAAACUCAUACUGAUCAAAUCCCUUAUACUAUUCAUUAUUUUUUUCCAACAUAUAGGUUUUUCAGUUUGUUAUAUUGUUUUAGUAAACAGGAGAGGCACAGUUAUUUUUUUUCAUAGCUCAGGGAGGCUCACUAUGAUAAAUCACUGCUCUAGAUCUACUUCAAAGGACUAGACAUUAGUAACAGAGGAUCGUAAAGAUGUGCAUUGAAGAAUAGGUUAGAUGCCCAGUCUGGUAUAAACAAACACAGCUGAUGCUUAUCUUUUAAUUAAGAAUGUCUGUCUGAAAUCAAUAUACAACUUCAUUCAUUAAAAGGGUUACAAAGUGUGACACCUGGUGGAUACAAGGUGCCAUGACUUUCUCCCAUGAAAUUUAUUGUUACCAUGAAACACUGAACAUUUAAGUCAGGGGUGUGAAACUCCAGUCCUCGAGGGUCGCAGGGUCUUCUGGUUUUCAUUCCAACUUAAGCUGUCAACUAACAUAAUUGAUCUAAUUAUUUGUACAAUUGGACAUAUUUCAUAUUUUUCAAGGUUUUUUACAGUUGAUGAUUUUAAAAAUGCACUUGAUUCAAGGUACACAACCUAGGAAACAUUUUGAGACCUGGAGAGAAGUGUUACAUUUGUCCAAUUAUCAAUUAUUAAUUCAUUAGACCAAUUAAGUAAUUGAGAGCUUGACACCCCUGAUUUAAAUUAAUUUAAAUUCCUAGUUUCCUGAUUCUAAAAGUUAACUGAAAAACAACCCUUUUGAGGGUAUAAUCUCAGGGUUUUACAUUUACUAAAACUAGGAGACUGAAACGUAACAUAAGUUAAACUUAACUGAUAAAUUGGUUUUAGAAUCAUUUGAAUUACUAAUCUUGCUGAUGCCAUUUUAAGAGUUGUUUAAGUAUGGUUCCCAAUAAAAUGGAGAUGCUUGUUGUGUUGUAAUUAAGUUUAAAGUGAGAAUAAUUCUUAAAUGAUUUUACUUUAAUUGUUGUAUAAUGUGUUUAAAUUGCUUAGAAUUAUAAUUUAGUUGGGAGAAUGAAAAUGAAAUGUGUAUUUAUUUAAUCAAAAUGAAGUUUUCUGUAAAUGUUUCAAAUCCUGUUCUAUCUCUCUGCAUGGAGGAGGGGGGACUACCUGUGUUAAUGACACACAUUGCGUGUGUAAAAGUAAAUGUCAUUCAAACUGUAAGACAAUGAAAGGGAUUUGCUUCCUGUUUUACCCAGAAGGGACUUGAUCGCCAAACUCCUCUUUGGGCUCUAUAUUUAAAUAAAAACAAGCAUGAGCUCAUUCUCUUCAUCUUGGAUUCGGACUCCCCUCACAAUGAAGUAACCAUUGAGCCGUUGUUUGAAUGGGGCUCCAUUCGAAGCACUGUACUGCAAACAUCCUUCGAAGACGUCGACUCCACAUCCAACUGCAGCUCUCUGAGAGACAAGACCAACUGCAUUCCAGAUGUGUUUUUCAACAAGGACCACAUCUCCAGAAUAAGUAUUACCUUUCAAAAACUUUAAGACUCAAGUAAAAUACUAUGUUUGUAUAGGAAAUAACUACAUGCAAUCCAGAAGGAAAAAUGUUCAAUAUAACGUAACACCUUGCCCGAGAUGAACAAUACAAACAAUUCUACUUUGAUGAACAAUUGAAACAAGAUAAGACUUUAACUGAACUGAUGAUAUUGUGUGCAUUUGAAAACAACAACUACGAACAUCAGAACCAUUUAAACAUUGAUUGAAUUGAUCUAAAGUUCUGAAGUAACUCGAGAUUACAACUGAAUACUAAAGGCAAUUGAAACUGCUUCCAAACUGAACUUGUUGAAACUAAAAUGCUGUCUUCAUUCCAACCAUCACAACAGAUGCUGCUUAACACAGUCACUGUGUGUACUGUGUGUGAGUCCUGCGUGUACGUAACCAUACGGGAGCCUGCAUGCUUAUGAAAAUGUGUGUUUAAAUGUGUUGCUCCUGCUUGUGUCUCUACUUCUAAUUCUGGUACCGUGAUUUCUAACUUAUAUUCUUCUUACGUUUGUGAGCUAUAAUAAACUUAAUAAUGUUUA